AUAUUCACUUUAUUUUUAAUUGUUAUUUUUUUGUUAGUAUGUUACAAUAAGAGGUGCUUUCUGAAAAUGGGAAACUGCCCACUGCUGGAAUAGUACUUCUUUAGCAGGACCAAGGGUGCUGGGCAGUGAGAUAUUUUAUUGUCUGAGUUCAGUUGGGAGGAGGAAUCCUGUGUAAUGUCAGGGCUUUUCUGUUAUGUUUGGUGAGGUGUGCCUCUGGUGUCACUUGUUGUGCUUCUCUGUCCUUUUGGUUGUGCUCAUUGGCUUGAGGUUGGCUGUUGGUGCCUUUCCUAGCUGGGUGCUUCUGUGUUGUCAGUUUGUUGCUAUGUGGCUGUGUGCUAUGGUGCAUGUGUUUUGCUGUGGUUUGGGGGUCAUGCUGUUAGGGAUUGUAGUUUUGGGAUUGUCUUGCCUAUUCCUCCUUGCGAGUCAUCCCCUCUUUUGCUUGUGUGCACUGUCAAGGGAUUGGGAGGUGGUGUGGAUGUUGUGGAGGUGCAUGUGCUGCUUGGUGUUCUGGGCAGUUUUAAAUGGCUUCCUUGGUUCAAUAUCAGUUUGGAUGCAGUGCGUGAUGUGCUUCUGGGGUGGUGGUUCUGGGGCAGGGUAUUUCCAGCUGGUUGGUGAAAGUUCCUACUUGGUUCUGACUUCAAAGUUCAUUUCAGCUGGAUUCACAACUGGAAUUCAGUGUAUCGAUUGCUUCGGAUUCAUAAGGUCAUUCAGUAAUUGGAAUGACUAUGAAUCCACCAAUGAUUGCUUCGAGAAUCAGAGAAAACAUAAAAGAUGUUUGAACUUUGAGAUAGCAUGGAGGGCAUUAUACAAGUCACGUUGGCCUAGCUUGUUAGGCGGGUUCAACUAG